AUGCCUCAGGCACAAGGUCAGGGCCAAAGCCAGGGCCACGAACAAACCGAGCCCGUCAACGAGAUUACCCCGAUAGUCAGUCACAGUAGUUCGCAGCAGCGACGACGGUAUAACUCCACGGAGAAUGUCGUGAGGAGCUCAGAUGGGGGCUCAGCCAAUUUCCCGACUCGCCAAAGCUCAUACCACCAAGACCGACAACGAGAGAAUUUAGGGCAGGAUGCCAAAGAGCCUCAUGCGUCCUGGUACUCCCGGCUUGCGGACAGGUAUGAACGGACAUUCCUCGCCUGGCUACGAACAUCUCUAGCCUUUGCAUCCAUCGGCAUCGCCGUAACACAGCUCUUUCGUCUAAGUAAUACCACGACCCAAAGCGCCAACGGGCUAGAGCUUACACCGCAGAGUGUAUCUUCAAUCCUGUCGCCUGAUUUCGAUGGCUCCAUUGUGGUAAGGGUAACAGACACUUCUCAACGUCUGCGCAGCCUAGGCAAGCCGCUAGGCACGACAUUCCUCGGCGUCGCCAUCCUUAUUCUUCUCGUCGGUUUUCAUCGUUACUUUGAGAGCCAGUACUGGAUUAUCAGAGGCAAGUUCCCCGCCAGCCGGGGGAGUAUCGCCCUCAUUGCUUUUGUUGCUGGUGCUCUGAUUAUAGCUGCGCUAGCUGUGAUACUUGCUAUAUCUCCUGGCGCUAUUGAAACCUAA